GUUUUGCCUAUCGCUACUGCAUCGAUCCCACCACAACAUCAGCGGCCAGGUGGUUGUCGGCCACCAAUUUUCUAUUUUUAUCUAUUCCGACAUAACAUGAUACAUGAGUAAUUGAAAAGUUGAAUCUCCUAGUCUAGUAGCGACAUCAAAUACGCUCUUCAUGUAUCUUGUAUCCAUCAUAGGCGACAAAACAAUCAAGCACUCACGACAUUCGUAAGCUAAGAUCAUGGCGACCCGACUCAAGAACAAGAUCCAGAUGUGAAGUUAUCUUGAGCCUGAUGAACUGCUAGUACAAUUACGAUAAGCUAAAGUUUCUAGAUAUUUCUGCACUGUGAAGAUUUCGUUGUGCGAAGUAGAAGAGCAACUACACAACCAUGUCGAUCAAACUCCGGGAGUUGAUCCGGAAUAUCCGGACUUGCAAGACGGCCGCCGAGGAGCGGGCCGUGAUUGCGAAAGAGUGCGCCGCCAUCCGCACGGCGUUCCGCGAAGAGGACAGCAGCUACCGGCACCGCAAUGUCGCGAAACUGCUCUUCAUUCACAUGUUGGGCUAUCCGACGCACUUUGGCCAGAUGGAAUGCCUGAAGCUGAUCGCCUCGGCGCGGUUUCCGGAAAAGCGGGUCGGGUAUUUGGGGCUCACGCAACUACUCGACGAAAACACGGAGGUGCUGAUGUUGGUCACGAAUUCCAUCAAAAACGACAUGUCCGCGGGGAACCAGUUUAUCAACGGGCUGGGGAUUUGCGCGUUGGGCAACGUCGGCACCGCGGAAAUGUGCGCCGCGCUGUCCCGGGAGAUCGAGCAAAUGCUGAACAUUUCCAACCCCUACGUGCGGAAGAAAGCGGCGCUGUGCGCCAUGCGGGUCUGCAAAAAGUGCGAGGAGAUGGUGGACCGGUUCCGGCCGAAGGUGCGGGCGCUGCUGGAGGACCGGAACCACGGGGUGAUGAUCAGUGGGCUAGCGCUCAUGCGGUCGAUUGUGGAGCAGGACCCAGCAAAUGCACUGCCCGAAUACCUAUGGAUUGCAAAAAUGUCUGGGUCUGGAAAGUUGGAACUUGUAAUGCUGGCCUUGCAUUCCUGUGAAAUUUGUAUUGCAUGACCAAGAACAGUGGUAGCCUCUCACGUCAUACGAAAACGCAAUUUCUCAUGCGGAGUUCGCAUGAGAAGGCGGGCUGCAACCUUGUCAUGCUUUUCUGCAUAAGGAAGUGACUUCCUCUAUGCACAUUUUAGCAUCACAAGUUUCCAGACCCAGACAUUUUUGCAUUUGAUAAUACCGGGAGCAGAUACCACAUCUCGUUCGGGUUCUGAAGAACAUGCUGAUGUCGGGGUACGUAUCAACUGCAAAAAUCUCUGGGUCGGGCAGGAUGCAACUUCUGAUGCUGUCUUCAGAUUCUAGAAAGAUCUGUGUUGCAUGACCAGCAAGAGGAGUUGGCUUUGUGCCACGCGGACGAGAGGGCAUAGGCAUUUGUCAUGCAGUAUUCGCAUCAGAAAGCCCUCAAAAAGUGUGUGAUGCUAGGGCAUGCAGCAUCACAGACAUCAUGGGUCAUGCAAAAUGUGCAUGACAAGUCUUGCACUCUUCCAGACCCAGACAUAUUUGCAGUUCAUAGUACGCAAACGCCGCCGAGUACGACGUCGCUGGCGUAACGGAUCCGUUUUUGCAGUGCGCAAUCUUGAAAACGCUACGGGUGCUCGGGACCAACAGCGUUGACGCUAGUGAAGAGAUGAAUGACAUAUUAGCGCAGGUGGCGACCAACACCGAGGCGGUCAAGAAUAUCGGGAACUUAUCGAAAGCAAACAUGUCUGGGUCGGGAAGACUUAGGGUUUGUGAUGCAGGACGAAGUACACACAAAAAUUUGUACUGCAUGAGUAGCGAAACCAAUAGCGGCCCACUUGUUCGGGUCAUCACCUGGAGGGACGACAUUUCUCAUGCAAAACAGGCAUCGAGGAGCCUUCUGAAAACUUGUGAUGCUCUAGCUCGUACUCCAGACCUUCGGAGUUAUGCAAAAGCUACAUCACAAACCUCACACCCUUCCAGACCCAGACAUAUUUGAAUUUGAUAGAACUCGAUUCUGUACGAAACUGUGCAAACAAUCAUGGCCAUCGAAUCCGAAUCCGGUUUGCGAUAUCACAGGAAAAACGUGUUACAGUUACACAUUUGUUGGAGUUUCUGCAACACAAAUUUUCUCUGCGUGGCAGAGAAAACUUGUAAUGCAAAAGUCAUAAGGGAAAAUACGUAGGAAACGAGGCUCGCAAGCCUUUCCUGCAUGGCAAAGGUUCUCUGUCUUGCGGCUCCCGCGACACAAUAUGUAACUGUAACACUUUUUUCUUGCGAUAUGCGAGUGUUGGCGAUCAAUAUUCUCGGCCGGUUUUUGCAGAAUCGAGACAAUAAUAUCAGGUAUAUCGUAUGUGAUAACGUGUUGAUUUUGAUCCUUCUCGUGUCCGCACUCAGAAGGCGAAGGAGCAUUGUCAUGUGGAGAUUCAACAUCUGCCUUUUGGUUUCCAUGUACUUACAAAAAAAAUUCUCUGACGUGAAUGUACACUGCAUAAUUCUCUCUCUAAAAACAGGUAUGUCGCCCUGGCAAUGCUGCAGAAGGUGGUGAAAGUGGAUAUCAAAUCAGUACAACGGCAUCGACAAACGAUUUUGGAAUGUCUCAAGGACCCGGACGUCUCCAUUCAAAAACGGGCACUGGCGGUACAUAGUUUUGCAUAUAUUGAUGUCGAUGAGAAGUUUACUUUAGUUCCGGAACUUUUUUUUGGGUUCCGCACAUUCACAUUAUACCGUUUUCGAAUAAAAGUCAUUUCUUUCCUCUCCUUCAUCUUCCAGCUAUUACCAGGGUAGUUUUAUCUUGAACUGGAUCUGUUUGUUUGUUCUUCACUUCCAUGAUUAUGGAAUGCAAAAGCAUCGUACUAGUACAAAUCGCAUGACAAAUUCCCCCAGCAUGAAAAAAGGAAUUUCUAAUGCGGAUUUAGGUUAAGAUGGAGAUUUGUAAUGCAUGACUGCGAUAAUUAAUACGAGUACGAUACUUUUGCACAGGGUAAUCAUUGAUAAUCAGGUACUCUACAAUCUCAUCACGGAAGAGAACGUGAAAGCCACGAUGAAAGAGCUGUUGAAUUUUCUCCUUGUCGCUGACGCCGAUGUACAAAAGUGCACAACUCCCCCUGACCCUCAUUUGUCAUGCAAAACCCCAAACCCAACUGGAACUGCUUCCCUGCCUCACUAUUAUGCAUGACAGAUUCCGGAAGCCCAAUAAACAGUACUACACUAAUAGGCGCAUGAAUUUGUCAUGCACAGGCUCCAUGUGUGCUGGUGUUUGUACUGCUGUUCAUGCAAUACAAAUCAGGGGGAGGGGGAGUUGUGCACUGUGAUACGAUGUGAAAGAGGAGCUGGUUUUGAAAAUUUGCCACUGCGUCGACCGCUUUGGCCCAAACAGAAGGUGGCAGAUCGACACGCUGGUUAAGGUAUUAAGAUGCAUUGUACAACUAAAAAGUAAAAAUGUUGCUAAUGUUCUUGUCUUGCUCAUCGUCAUCGGUGGACAGCAGCUGCUCCUGCCGAAUGCAUGGUGGAGAGAGCAUAAAAACAAAAUCUCCAACUCCUUGUCAACACAGGUGAUGUGCCUCGCGGGCAACUACGUGCAAGAGGAAACCCGUUCCCAUUUCUGUCAAAUCGUCGGUUCCUCGCCUCCCCUGCACGAGUACGUGGCGCACAAGGUGUUUUUUUCGAUCCAGGAAAACCUGAACCAAGAGGCUAUGGUGUUGACCGGCGUUUGGUGCAUCGGGGAGUACUAUCCUGUGCAAAAGUAUCGCACUCGUACUAGUAAUCGCUGUCAUGCAUUACAAAUCUCCUUCUCAACCACUAUCCGCAUCACAAAUUCCAUUUUUUAUGCUGAGGGAAUUUGUCAUGCGAUUUCUACUAGUACGGUGCUUGUUUUGCAUUUCAUAAGUACGGCGACUACCUGAUCACCGGCAAAGCCACCGGACCCAACAAUGAACCGAUAAAGAUCACCCCGGCCGAGGUGCUCAGUCUCCUCGACACGAUCAUGAAAAAGCCCCAGUACGCCGAUGCGUAUUCGUAUCAACUGCAAUAUCAUAUCUGCGGGUCUGAAAAGUCGCUAGGUCAUUAUUUGUCAUGAAAGUUAUUUUCGACGCCCGCAGUGCAGUCUGGAAUGCAGGGCCUAGCAUGAGAAAUUAUUUGUGAGGUCUUAAGUUAGUACCAUGCUUGUCCUGCAUGAGAAGUUGUUCUCUUCCAGCUAUUGCUCAAAAAUGGACCACAACUUUUGGUAAUCAUACAUUUACACAAUUGAAAUUUAUUUUGCACGAUCCAGAAUUAGCAUGACAAGUUGCGGCGUGUCAGGCAUCCAGGGAAAAUAUUUGCGAUGCAUAUUGCGAACAAAAGAACCACCACGGUCUUGGAGUACUGCUAUCAAAAGGAAAAAUCCCCCCUCCCCAUAUCGAAAUGGAAAUCUGUGAUGCAGGAUUUGGGUACACAAAUCGGAUUUGUCUUGCAGUAGGGCAUCGCAGUCAGAUCCUCGGCCUAGGUAGGGGCGUAUAGGUCUAGUUGCUUAGCAUUGCAAACGGGUGUCCCCUAGGCGCAACAGCAUGCCAAAUCGCUUCCAUAAUGGUGCGGAAGCCUCUGCGCUUGUCUUCUUGCAAGACAGACGGGAUUUGUGACCUCAAAUCAGCAACACAAAUUUUCGGAAACAUACCGUUUCGAUAUGGGGAGGGGGGAUUUUUCUUCAGAAUAACUGCGUGACGGCCCUGAUAAAACUAACGCCCAGAAUGCCGAACGAGGCGGCGAAGAUUCGGGAAAUGCUGAAGCGCUACGAAACGCACAUUUCACCCGAACUGCAGCAACGCGCGUGUGAGUACCAGGAACUGCUAUUGCCGGUGUGGAAUGGCGACCGGGCGGAGGUUUUGAACCGAAUCCCUGCCAUGGAGCGAAUCAUCAAGAAAGAGGUAAAGAAUUUUGUCACGUAGAUCAUGUACUACAGUACUCACCUUCAUCAACAUGCUGUUGGAUCUGGAACCGCUAGAUAUUGAAGGAUGAAAAAGAAAAGAUCGCACUAGAGCUAAAGUAGCAUGAAAUAAAAUAGUCAUGGGCUUGUUCUUCGAUGUCGCGGAGACGAAGUGCAUACAAGAUUUACAUGUAGCACCACAGCAAGCAAUCUGUUCCACCACGUUAUGUUGAAUAUGUAAUAUUAUCUACUCUCCCAGGUCGGCGAUACCGCGAUCGAAGAGGUUGGCUCCGGCGGCAACGCGCAGGGGAAGAAAACCCCAACAAAAAACACCGCUAGUGCCGGUGACGACUUGUUGGAUUUGCUCGACCUCGGCGGCGGUAGUUCCGCGCCCAAGACCUCCACCGGCGCACCACAAGCCGCACCGAAGCCGUCCGGGGGGGACGACCUUUUGGACCUGCUCGGCGGCGCAGCUCCGACCCCAGCAGCGAGCUCUAUGGAGUUCUCAAAUGUUACAUUCUCAACUGAUGUUACAUGAAUUUGUGAUGCAAGAACACUAUAACGCUGCACACAGUCAACCUUCUUCGCAUGACAAGAACUUCUCGACGCGCUAAAAACCACUAGAGAAUCCGUCCCAAAUGAUCUGUAAUGCAAAAGGCGCAACCUUCCUCCUUUCACUUUUGCCAUUCUUGCAUUGCCGCAGAUUCAUGUAACAGCUAAGGGUGUAACGCUCGAGAACCCCAUAACCUCGCAGCCGAUGCAGCUCGCGCCUACAGCAGGGGCGCCGGCAGCGCCCGCGGCCUCUGGCGGCUUGGACGAUUUGUUAGGGGGUGGCGGGCUGCUUGGCUCUUCCCCCGCCGGCCCAAGUGGAGGCGGCGUGGCUUCUUUGGGGAACGGGUUGACGUCACUCGGCAACGGCUCAGCCGGCGGCGGAAACGAUUUGCUGGGCGACUUGCUGGGUGGCGGACCAUCGCCCGUCAUGGCAAACACACCCACGCCAGCGCCCAUGAUUAGCCCCGCCGCUACUAGUAGUACAACAACUCCGGCUAUGAAUGUGCAUAACUCCCCCUCCUCCUCACUUGCCAUGCAAACCACCAAAUCCAGGCUGUGUCUCUUGGCACUGUUUGCAUGACAAACUCCGGAAGCCCAAAUAGCACUACCAUCCCUUUCAAAUUUGUCAUGCAAAACCUGAAUUCUCGUUGGCGCUUGUAUUGCCGUUCAUGCUAUACAAAUGAGGGGGAGGGGGAGUUGUGAACUCUCAUACCGGCCACCAGCAGCGGAGCCAGCAGCUCCUUCGUGCCGAUAAAUAAAAACGGGCUGCAGGUACUUUCGUUUAUUGUUGAACUUGCGUGUCUUUGCAAAACCAAAAUCAAAGCCGUCAAGAACACCUUCACGCUGGCGCUUCUCGUGCAACAAUACUUACGUUUGUUCUAAUAUAAUUGUCGGGAACGAAGGGAAUUUUUUUUCCGUUGCAGUUGUAUUCCGGAACGAGCGCUCUUGCUACGAUUUUCAUGGUUGUACUGGUCGUGGACAACAUGAUCACGAUGAAACAAUGACAAUUAAGGUAAAAUUCACCUGCUCUAAGCAGUCGGACCAAGUGACCCGCAUUGAAGCCUGCUUCGCAAAUCAGCAGCAAGCCCCCUUUACCGACUUCGCUAUCAAAAGAAAAAAGUUCGGCGCGAUCACUCAUGGGCAUUUUUGCAAUACAAAAAGUGCUUGUCAUGCGUAAAAAUGCAUCUUCACGGUCAAACUUCAUGCGGGAUUUCCCUUAGUGUUUCUGCAAUACAAGGAUAAGUUGUGAUGCUAGAAAAAUUUGUAAUGCAAAGCCUCCAAAACCAAAUUAGUGACUGUGGUAAACUUUUUUCUCUCCAUAUUCGCGUUUGAAGUUGCAGUACCCAAAUACCUCAACCUCAAGAUGCAGCCCGCAUCCUCGGCGACAGUACCAUAUCACACAGAAAAAAAGCCAGCAUAGCAACAUAUUAUCUGUAUUUUUCCAAAAAUAAAUACACAGGACGUGGACGUGCAUGUUGCGCUAGAAGUGCAUAGAAGUUGUAUCAUGGUGUAGUUCUUUCGGGCUGUGCAAUACAGAAGUUCAAGUUUGUUUCUUACUUUUGCGGAUACGAAUGUAUGCUUAUGCUGGCCUUUUUCUACCCUGGGAUACACCACCUCAGACGGCAAACACCACCCAGGUUUUCUUGAUACAAAACACCUCCAACGGCGCGAAACCCAUCGCCAUCCGAUAUCAUUCGUAAAAACGGACCCAUUUUCUCCCCAUGUUUUUCAUGCAAAUAGUAUCUGCAUGUCAUGACUCGAAUGAUGAGUCGCAUGCGCAGCGUGCCUGAAGACGAAGAGCAUGAAAUGAAAAAACCAGUUUGGAUUUUGUCAUGCUCUACCCAGCUGCAAAUGCAAAGGAAAAUCGAUUUGUGUUGAUUCGAGCGCACUAGGUUGUAACAAGCACGACUACUACACUAUGAGCCCAGAGUACAAAAAGAAGUUGUCAUGCGCAAGAAUUACAGUCAAGCUCAAGGCGAACAUCUCUUCUUGACUUGUGUGAAACAUGAAACAAGCCAAGAACUACAUCAUGAUCUCCGCUAUGGGGUAAUGAUCAUGGGUUGUACUCUCGGUUUUUCUAAAUGAUAUCCGAACGAGUAUCCUGAUUAAAGAUGUCCCCACACCAGAGUUGUCAUGCAGAUCUGCAUGCCAAAAAAGUUUCUCAUGCGGAGCCCCAUAAGAACCAUUUUCCCAUCCUGUUUUGGAAUUUGUAAUGCUAGAAUCAGCAUGAUAUGCUAGAUCUGUGAUGCUUCGGAACUAGCUAAACAGGAUUGCACUACGAGGAUAAAUUUGUCAUGCGAAACAACCAGAGGUGGCGGAUUUGUCUAGCGGAUUCCCCAUCUUGACUCUGGGGUGGAGACGUUUUUGCUCAGGAUAACGAGGGUAAAGUUCUCUUUCAACGGGCAGCCGGUGACCUUACAAGACCAGGUUGACAACUUAUGAAAGUGCACAACUCCCCCUCCCCCUCAUUUGUCAUGCAAAAUACCAAACUCAAGUGCUUCCCUGUAGCACUGUUUGCAUGACAGAUUCCGGAAACCAUAAACAGUACAACAGUAGGCGCAUGAAUUUGUCAUGCACAGGCCCCACGUGUAGCGUCCAUGCAAUACAAAUGAGGGUGAGGGGGAGUUGUGCACUGUCAUACAACUUUCCGAGUUUGUGA